AUGUCCCCGCCGUGCCCCCCCGUGUCCGUGUCGGUGUCCGUGCCCCCCCGUGUCGGUGUCGGUGUCCCCCCGUGUCGGUGUCCCCCCCAUGCCCCCAUCCCCGUGUCCCCCCCCGUGUCGGUGUCGCUGUCGGUGUCGGUGUCCCCCGCCGCGGCGGCGCCGUGCCCGGUGCGGCUGUGCGCGGCGCUGCUGCUGCUGCUGUUGGGGGUCCCGGGGCGCCCCCAGCCCCCCCCCGAGACCCCCCCCUCGCUCUGCGACCCCCGAGUGAUCGAACGGUUCAUCCUGGAGGCGCGGGAGGCCGAGCGGGGGGCGGCCGGGUGUGGCCCCCACUGUGACCUCCCCGAGCCCGUGGCUGUCCCCGACCCCGGAGUCAACUUCAACUUCUGGCGGAGCCUCGACGCGCGGUCCCGGGCGCGGGAGGUGGCGGCGGGUCAGGCGGCGCUGGCGGCCGCGGUGCUGCGGGCGCGGGAGCAGCUCCGGGACCCGCGGGUGCGCCCGAGCCUGGACCGAGCGCACGGAGCGGCGCGGAGCCUGGCGCGGCUGCUGCGGGGGCUGGCGGCGCCGGCCCCGCCCACGCCCCUCCCCCCCCCCGGCCCGGUGCGGGUCCGGAACGUUCCGCGGCUUUUGGGGGUCCUGAGCCGCUUCCUGCGGGGGAAGGUGCGGCUGUUCCUGACUGACAGCUGUCAAUCAAUCAAUCACCGCUGA